GACUCAAAUUAGCCGAAGCGUCAACAACGACACCCCCACGGACCGCGGCGCAUAUCCAGGUAGCUGGGCCGGUCUGACGGGGCAGUGUCCAUGGUCGAUGCGAACAGGGCAAGCCCAAUUUCAUCACCCGUCGCGUCGCCUGAAGAGAGCUUUGGUCCUGACAGCGCAUCCAAGGCGCGGAAAACAGUCAGCAAUGGCAAAGCGACACCUGCGGUCGCAUCUGGUGCUGAUAGAUCGGCUGCUGCGCGCGUGGAUAUUGAUGUGCCCCUUAAUAAGCUGCACGAGGUACUGAAAGAGAAAUGGUCGGCGUAUCAGCAGAUUGUGACCGACUUUCUAACGGCGCGCUUGACUCGCAACGAAUUCGAGCAGCAGCUACAACCCAUCUUGGUCAAUGGAACGAUCAAGCUGCACAAUGACAUUAUGCUCACGUUGCUAUCAAAUGCUUACAAGGAGCCACCGCCUGCGAUAGCGAACUCUCUUGGAUGGAGCAAGAAACGGCGCGAACCGCCACGCAUGAAGGGAGAUCCUCAUGCGAAACGGCUCAAAGCCGAAGUGAUGGGCUUGCCAACCCGUGAGCGGCGUCGAUUGAAGUCCAUUCCGAAACCUGAAGCAAAUGCCAAGACCAUGCCCAAUUCUAUGAUUGAAACGCGGUUUGCAAAGCUACCCAGGGUGCCUGUAUCGCAACAAAAGAUUAACACUUCACAACAUCACAACGAUAUUCUCAAGGGAUUUCAUGUACCGCUUGCUCAGGAAUCCUACCAGCUUCCAGAGCCGGAAACUCUCAAAGAUCGCAUAUUAGCUACAGCGCUUGAGAACGGCCUACUAGGAGGCGUCAGCGCCCAAGUUCCUGAGCUCAUCUUAUCUGCGCUGGACAUUCAUCUCCGGAAUAUCCUAACAGCAACGAUUCAAAAAGUGCGAACAAAUCGUGGAGAUGCUGUCUGGACGCAUACACGAGAGCCGAUUGUAUUACCACCAUCUCUUAAAAAUCCGGGGCCAUCCGUCAUAGACGAGUUGGACGAGAAGAGCUCUCAAGAUGCCAUGGCGCGAAGACGGAGUUCUGUCAAGCUGGAAGAAACCACCAUGGCAGCGCACGAGUUGCAUCUUGCUUACAACUUGGCGCCGCAUCUCUUUGGCGAGAAUGCCACUCCAGCCGUACAGCGCAUGGUCAUGCUCAGCCUGGAUGAUGCCACGCCGCCAGAUGUCUCUUGGCAGGAGAUAGAGGAAGCCGAUAUUGCCGCUUGGAAAGAAGCAGCUAAAGCCAAUGCGGCCGCGGCAGCCACAGCAGCACAGCAUGGUCUCAGGCAUCCGAGUCUUGACAGUCCUCAGACAAAGUCCGUGACCCCUGCAAAUGAUACACCACCUCAUCCGGGAGUCAAGGAUGAGGACGGCAAAGUGAAGCAAGCCAUUCUGAAUGCGGGGACAGGUGAAUUCUCGCAACGUGCGCGUGUCGCUCAAAUGGUCGACUCAUUCUUGUAGCAUCUCUUCAACGAAUACCUGGUACGCUCGAAGUCCAAGCAUCCGUGAUAUUCAGGUGUAGGCCCUGUACAAUCUUUCAGUCCAGCAAGCGUCUCAUUCGUUGCAAGUUCUCUCCUGGUGUGGCCCUAGCGGAAUCUCGUUAUCACUCAAUCCUAGCGAAUUUGGAAAUGCCAUAU